AUGGUUGUCCGUUACUGGAGAAAAUCAGUCCUUAUCUUUGUAAUCGUAUUUUCAUUCCUUUUUUCACUCUAUUAUUUACCAUCCAGUGACGACAGCUUCUUCAGAUCCGGACGAUUAUUCCAAAGUGAUAGAAGUCGUUUUUUGGCUCAAGUCCGGCAGCAGAGAUUUGAAUUAGAGGAACGUCAAUUCGAUGAGGAACCGAGGAAGGUGGAAGAUGAAUCUGACGCCAUAUCUGUUGAGCGUUGUCAAUUCAUAAUUAAUAUGACCAAAUUUGCUUGGGAGAAUUAUCGGAAAUAUGCAUGGGGUUUCAACGAAUUAAAACCUUUAUCACGCUCUGAGCACAGUGCAUCAGUAUUUGGUAACGGAAAACUGGGUGCAACCAUUGUGGAUGCACUCGAUACUUUGUAUAUUAUGGGGCUAAAAGAAGAGUAUGAGGAGGGCCGAAACUGGGUGAAAAACUUUUUCGAUCUGAAGGUUUCCACUGCUGAUAUAUCUGUUUUCGAGACAAAUAUCCGUUUCAUUGGGGGCUUAUUGGCUGCUUAUGCGUUAACUGAAGAUAAGAUGUACAUACAAAAGGCAACUAAUGUCGCAAACAUAUUGUUACCAGCUUUUGAGACACCAACUGGUAUACCUCACGCGCUAGUUAAUCCUGUUUCGGGUCGUUCACAUAAUUGGGCUUGGGCUAAUGGCGGUUUUUCAAUAUUAUCGGAAUUUGGUUCUUUACAGCUAGAAUUAGAUUAUUUAUCUCAGCUCACUCAAAAUUCCAUAUACUCUACCAAGGUUGCACGUAUACGAGAAAUAGUGCUUUCUGUAAGGACGGAAGAUGGUCUUUAUCCGAAUUAUUUGCAUCCAAAAUCUGGAAAAUGGGGUCCCAAGCAUGUCUCAAUUGGUGCAUUGGGUGAUAGUUUCUAUGAAUAUCUUUUGAAAUCAUGGCUUAGAUCAAGUAAAAAUGAUACAGUUUACAAAGAAAUGUAUGAUGCAGCAUUAGCAGCAAUAAAAAAAUAUUUGUUACGUUAUUCGAGUCAGAAUCAUCUUGCAUAUUUUAUUGAGCUAAAGGGAAAACGUGAAGUGCACAAAAUGGAUCAUUUGGCAUGCUUUAUUGUUGGUCUGCUUGCUCUAGAAGCUUUAAACGAAAAUGAUAUAAAGAGACGCAAUGAUACGUUGAAACUUGCAGAAGAAAUUGCCAAUACAUGUCAUGAGUCAUACAUUAGGACUGCUACGGGUAUUGGUCCUGAGUCGUUUCGAUUCACAGAGGAAGUGGAGGUGAUGGCGGUAAAGGAUAGUGAGAAAUACUAUAUUCUUCGACCUGAGGUGAUUGAGGGGUGGUUUUAUUUGUGGCGUGUGACGCGAAAAAAUAAAUACAGAGAGUGGUGUUGGAUGGCCGCUAAAAAUAUUGAGAAAUACUGUAGGACAACAGGAGGGUACUCUGGCAUAAAAAAUGUGUACAGUUCAGAAGUAGUACACGAUGAUGUACAGCAGAGCUUUGUAUUUGCAGAAACAUUCAAGUAUUUAUACCUCACUUUUUCGAACGACAGUAUCAUGCCUUUGAAUAAAUGGGUAUUUAAUACUGAAGCUCAUGCCUUUCCAAUAGUCACAUAA